ACUCUACUAGAGCUGGUGCACAGACUUCACUUUUCUCUCCGUCUAGUAGUAUAUAGCAGCAAGGUAGGAAGCGAGCGAAGAGAAUUUUUCAUUCGCACAGACACCAGCGAGGCCAGUCGUAAUACGGGGCGUUCGUUACUAAGUUUAACUUAUUUCAUUGUUUUGCUAUUUAAAAAGAAAACAAGUGUGUGUAGAUAUGGCUGAUGGAGCCAAGGGCACAUCAAACGGAGAAGCGCACAUGGAAGAGGCGGCUGAUGCUGGCAAUGCCAACAAUUCUUCGGUAGUCAACGGCCUCCCCACACACAAAAAAGAGGCUACCGGCUCCACCAUGGACCGGGUGAAGAAAAUCGUCAAGGCUAACUUGCUGGUGAUCCUGACCGUCGCCGGGGUCAUUAUCGGGGUGGUUAUCGGACUCGGGGUGAGAAAUGUGGAACUGUCGAAAACCCACAUACUGUACUUUGGCUUUCCGGGAGAGCUGUUGAUCAGGUUGCUGAAAAUGAUCAUCAUUCCUCUGGUGGUGUGCAGUUUGGUGUCCGGUGCCGCCAGUAUCGACCCCAAAGCCCUGGGCAAGUUAGGUGGCUGGGCGAUGCUGUUUUUUUUAGUCACUACCUUAAUUGCAUCAGCCAUUGGGGUAUGCAUGGCUUUUGCUAUCCGACCGGGCGUCGGCGCUGGAGCCAAACCGACGUUAUCUGGGAUGGACGAUGCGAUACCCCAGUCAAAAGAAGUGGUCGAUUCGUUCUUGGACCUUGUGAGGAACAUCUUCCCCUCGAACCUGGUCUCUGCUGCAUUUCAAUCGUAUGCCACAAGCUACAAACUGAUACAGAAAAACAUCACUGAUGAAUCGGGGGUGUCAACAAACACUACUAAAUACAUCGUGGAAAAGGUUCCGUUUGGAAAGGAAGUGGAUGGGAUGAAUAUUCUGGGCCUGGUCGUGUUCGCCAUCGUGUUCGGCAUCGCUCUGAGGAAGCUGGGGGAAGAGGGGGAGAUUCUUAUCAAGUUCUUCAACUCCUUCAAUGAGGCCACCAUGGUCCUCGUCUCCUGGAUCAUGUGGUACGCCCCCUUCGGUAUCAUGUUCCUGGUGGCUGGGAAGAUCGUGGAGAUGGAGGAUGUGGGCAUGCUGUUUGCCAGUCUGGGGAAGUACAUCUGCUGCUGUGUCUUGGGCCACGCCAUCCACGGGCUGCUAGUUCUGCCCCUCAUCUACUUCAUCUUCACCCGCAAGAACCCCUACAGCUUCCUGUGGGGCAUCUUCACUGCGCUGGCCACUGCGUUUGGGACGUCCUCCAGCUCAGCCACCCUGCCCCUGAUGAUGAAGUGUGUGGAGGAGAAGAAUGGCGUCUCAAAGCACAUCAGCCGCUUCAUCCUGCCCAUCGGAGCCACUGUCAACAUGGACGGGGCUGCGCUGUUCCAGUGCGUGGCCGCCGUGUUCAUCGCUCAGCUCAAUGAUUACUCUCUCAACUUCAUCCAGGUCAUCACCAUCCUGGUGACUGCCACUGCAUCCAGUGUAGGUGCUGCAGGAAUUCCAGCAGGGGGCGUGCUCACCCUUGCCAUCAUCCUGGAGGCUGUGGGCCUGCCCACUAACGACAUCUCCCUCAUCCUGGCUGUUGAUUGGCUUGUGGAUCGUACUUGCACCGUUAUCAAUGUAGAGGGCGACGCCUACGGGGCGGGGCUUCUGCAGAACUUCGUGGACCGGACCAAAGACAAGGACGAAGGGGCGGAGCUAACCGAAGUGAGGCAGGAGGAAACCCAGUACAAGGGGGCGGCCCCACUCAAAGAGGAAGAGGGCACCCCUCUAAUCAUGAAGAACACAAAAGUCACUGUGGAAGGAUUAGCCGCAGCAUGUGAUAAAGAGUCAGUGAUGUAACUCGAUGAAGGCUAUUACAUCCAGAGGAAAGAGUGGAUCACAUUCGAAGAGAAAAAUACACACUCAGACUUUUCCGUUUGAAAGGCAAUUUCUUUCCCGCCAUUUCCAAGAUAUACAUAUUGUAAAAAAACCGAGCACCAGGGGAAGAAAACCCACAUAAAAAGCAACAGAAGUUUAUGAUAUCUAUUAAGUGUUCAUGUUUAUUAGGGGCCACUAGAUUAAACCGUAUAUUGGUGUCCUGCUGUGUCCCCUGUCCCCCAAAGUCAAUUGUUCUUUUUUUAUUAUUAUUUAAAACAUAUUUUAUUUAAAUUUAUAUAUUUAUUCCCAAGCUGCCAUUUAAAUUAAUCCAUGUCAACGUUUUAGUUUUCAAAGUAGAUGUUAAUAAGAGCCUGGAGAUAACUGUUAACUCAUCCCUGAAACAAACAUUGUAUCCUGCAUCAGCAUCCAUUCACUGAAAACAAAAGCAAAAACACUGAAACACCUAUCAUUGUGAAAACUUGAAGCAGUAGAUGUGGGAGACUUGAUGAUGCUACUGGACAGACAACUACGUCAACAUUGGCAGUUAAGGACCAGUGGGACUGUUUUAACGGUUACACACAGCACAAAGAGGUUGGGAUAGUGGCAAAACGCACAAGGCUACAGGGAUUCUGCAGCCUAAUGGUCGCUGGUUUGAAUCCCAGUAAUGUCAAACUGGAAAUGUCAGAUAUUGUCCCAUUUCCCAGUUCUUCUGCCAGUCUUUUUUUAAUGAUUGAAACAGUGGCGGAUCUGAAUACAAAUGCUAUGGUGAUUUUUAUAGACCCACAUAGUAUUGCAUACAUGAAGACGUAGUGAAAUGAGGUGUAUACUGUACAUUUUUACGGUGACGUUAUUAAGAUCCGCCACAAUUUAGAUUAUUAAAAUAGAACCUGUGGUCUUUGAUUUCAUGUAAGUGGAUCAUGGAUAAACUGAUUAAUUGUGGGUGUGCCAUUUCAAUCUGUUUUUAAAAAAUGUUUCACCCUUUAUUUUCUUUAGCUUUUAGCUUCAGUCAUUGUCAGAUAUGUUGAGAUCUUUUUUUUUUUUGUUAGGUAAGAGGGGGUGGGGUAUUGCUUUGACAUUCUCUCCAAAUACAGUAGUUUUAAAGUGUCGUGUACUGUAGUUUUUAUAAUUGUGUAAACUGUGCAGUCUUACAGCAAGGCUUUCUCUAACCAAUUGGCAAGAUUUCCACUCCAGGUGAAAUACUUAGGUGCGAAAGUAUUUCUGGACAUGCGUGAAGACUAAACUCUGAAUGUCUAUAUAGGUUUCUGUCUGAGUGCAUUGCAUUUAGCUUAGAGAUCUGUAAAAUUUGCCGUACCAUCUCGGAGUUUGCUAACACUUUAUUUCACAACUCUAGAAUUGACAGCAUUUCCAAUAUCCUGUCCUUAAUUGAUACUAAAAAUAGUUCUCAAAAGUUUGCAAUCUGGGUUUAGUUGUAAAUUAUUAUUAUUUGUUUAUUUAGCAGACGCCUUUAUCCAAGGCGACUUACAGAGACUCAAUGGGACCUCCCCCCAGGCGUUGGAGCAAUAAUUGAUGAUAGAUUAUUUUUAGAUUGUUUUAAGAAUCAUGUUCCUCUCUCUUCCUGUAGACAAGUGAUUGAUGGUUGUGGGAGUAAGAGCCAUUUCAUCAAACUGGACUUCAAAAACAAAUUCAGUCUCCCCUCUAUUGUGGGAGAAAACGGUGAUAUAGCCUGGCUGAAAGAAAUACCAUUAAGACAAUUGUGAUAUUGUUAUAAUGUUGAUCAUUGCAAAUGUCAGUAUCACCCAAUCCUGCUGUUUAUUUGUAUUUAUUUUUCCCAUAAAAUGGUUUUGAUUGUAUAUAAGGGUUACUUACAAAAUCACGUGCAGGUCAGUUGAACACACUAAAUAUUAUCUGAUUCUUAUUUUUUCUCUCUUAGCUUAAUCAAGGGUGUCCAAAGCUGGGCCCUUAUGCUCUUUGUGUCAACUCUGUUCUAAAUGUUGUAACUGAACCAAUUAAACCUCCAUCCAGACCCUGAAGAAGUUAAUUAUGUAAUUAUUAAGUGGAAUGGCCCUCCAGGACUGUGAUUGGACACCCCAUUUUUGGCCUGUAGCUUUAUUUUCUUGGAAACAUGGGUAAUUUUAAAUAUUCAUAGUCAGCAGGAUGGUCCCUGCUUGGCAAUGUUAACUGCCGUGGAAGCACAUUUUCUAACAAACAUACUGCUGCGUAUUUGAAAUUGACGAAGACAAAUUGCGUGCCUUGUUUUAAAAGUGGUAUGUGGGUGUGUCAAAACUUUAACGUUGCCAGUAGUGUUUUCUCAACCCCGAUUGUUUAAAUUAUAGAAGUGGAUGUAUGAAUAUUUUUGAUUUCCUCAUUCUAUUUUUCAGAACACUGUUGGCUACACAUUAACAAUACAGGAUUCAGUUUUAGUAACAGCUAUUAUGAUAUAUUUCCUGCCUUUGGAUCAGUCAUCAAUUACCUGGCUUUGUUUUGCUUUAAAUCAAUAUUGGAGCACCGAUAUUUCAAGCAAGCAAACAAAAAAAUAUAUAAAUCCUCUUCAGUCACUGUGUGCACAAUUGUACCAUGUUAAGUUUCAUAUAUAUGUAUUUAUUUUAUAAUGCACAUGUUGUGUGUGUGUGUUUUUUUUUUCCCCCCAAAGUUAUGGCAGGGCAACUUAAAAAAAUUGUGACCGAUGGGGAUGUAGAUUGUAAGGUCAUUUUGUUGGUAGUACCUUGUGGGUAAUUUUGUGUUUCGAUGCAGUUUCCUUCCAAAUGCAAAUUAAUAUUAAAGUACGGGAAGGUAUAUUUAAAUGAUUCUGUCCAAUUUUGGUCUGUCACAAUUACUGAUAUCGUGCAGCUUUCUUAAACUGGGUUUCCACAAAGUUUGUAGGUUGUUUUGAAACCUGGCCAAUGUGAACUUCCACCAGCCCAACCUACUCUCUGUCUACAGUAUGUGACUGUAGAGUGAGUGGGUGGGACUGAUAGAGUUUAAAGGUCACAUUGUCACAUGAUUUGAAUGGAAUGAGGAAUGUUCAGUCCUGGCAGUUAGGAUUCUCCAGACAAACUCAAAAAAUAAAGCCAUGAUUUAAAGACAGAUUGAUAGAAAAAAAAUGAUCAAUUCAGUAUUGAGGAUACAGAACCCACAACCACUCCGAAUGAUUGCAAACUAAAAUAUUGAGGGCAUUUAAAGAAGCUGCUAUAAUAACAGAUGAAGCUGGUUUAACCCUUUACUGCCAAGGGUAUGUCCCCAUACCUAUUGUAAUGCCUAUUUUCUCAAUGUCAAAUAUGGACACUGGGCAACAGGGGUUAACUGUCUGGGAUACUUGUGAAGUAAUGUUUCUUGUGACAUGUAUUCGUGUUUGUUCAUUGAGGACCAGGGAUUAUGUGUUUAACAUUUAAAAAUAAAAAAUGACAUGUCUAAGACAGUGGAGAGUUUGCCAUGUUGUAAAAACCGUCACUUUCACAAAUAAUCUCUUCAUCUCAUUUGUAUAUUGAUGAUUAAAAUAUGUAUAAUAUAGUUGUACUUUAAAAAUUGAGUACAGUACUGUAAUAGGAGAUUGUUUUGUAGUAAAUAUUUCUUAUGUGUUUCACGGUCAAAUGAAGAAUAUAUAUGUAAUAAAUAGUGAAAACCUAUAGGUA